AUGCCACUCUAUGUCUCACGUUUCACGGAAUUUCCAUAUUUUUUCAAAGUGCUCACUGUGUUCUUUUCAUUGACCACUUUGAUUUCACUAACAGGUGCAUCGCUGCUUCCAGGAGGUUCAUCUCUGAUCUGGUUCUCAGUUAUACUAGCACUGGUGAUUGAUCUAGUCCUCAUAGCAAUACUUCUGUUCGAAUUGGAACGUAUUGAACUCCCAUUCUCCUGCUUUGCUAAUUUCGUUCUCUAUGCCGCAAACUUUGCCGUUUAUCUCAGGAAGUGGAUGGCGGAACAAAGAGCUGCAAGAUCCGAUCCGUCUGGUGUAUAUGACUUCCCCUCUUACGGUUCCCCAUGA